AUGGUGAUCACCUUAUCACGGUUGAGUACUUAUACGUUCUCCCUAAUAAGGUGCUGAUUCAGGGUAUAUAAGGGCCCAUUGCGAGGACCUCUUCAUCAGUUUACUGUGGUAUUCAACUCAAAAUGAAGGCCUUCAUCGUUCUGGUUGCCCUGGCUCUGGCCGCUCCCGCUCUUGGUCGCACCAUGGACCGAUGCUCCCUGGCCCGCGAGAUGUCCAACCUGGGCGUUCCUCGUGACCAAUUGGCUCGUUGGGCCUGUAUUGCCGAGCACGAGUCAUCUUACCGAACCGGAGUGGUGGGUCCCGAGAACUACAACGGCUCCAACGACUACGGAAUCUUCCAGAUCAACAACUACUACUGGUGCGCUCCUCCCAGCGGUCGCUUCUCCUACAACGAAUGUGGCCUGAGCUGCAACGCCCUCCUGACCGACGACAUCACCCACUCCGUCCGUUGUGCCCAGAAGGUCCUCAGCCAGCAGGGAUGGUCCGCCUGGUCCACCUGGCACUACUGCAGCGGAUGGUUGCCGUCCAUCGAUGAUUGCUUCUAAGCCGAUUUCGACCCUGAAUAAAAAUUUAGCUCAAAAA